GUUUCCGGGCUCGAUGAGUCGAGCCUAGUAAGCAGUGCGUGUCUCCAGUCGUGGGGAAUUCAAUGGAGUAAAAGAGAGGAGCGGGACGUUCACUAUCAGCUGACCGGUAGCCAGGAUGGGUCGGCGCUCCUCUGACAGCGAGGACGACAGUCGGAGCCGGAGGAAAAGAAAACAGCGUCGCCGUUCUUCGUCCUCCUCGUCUUCCUCCUCCUCCGGGAGCCGGGUGAGGAGUAGCCGCAGCAGGAGAUCCAGUCGGAGAAGCCGCUCUCGCUCCAAAGACAGAAGGAGAAGACGGCGUUCCAGCAGCAGUUCAUCCCAGAGUUCGUCUCGCAGGAGAAGGAGCCGAAGUACGGACAGAGACAAAGGAAGAAGCCACCGCUCACACAGAUCCCGCAGCCGGGACAGAAGGUCUCAUUCUCGCCACAGACGGUCCCGCAGCAGGAGCAGCAGCCGCGGUCACCGAACAAGCCACAGCCGCAAAAGAAGCCGCAGCAACAGCAGGGAGCGGGACAGGAGUCGGCGCAAGGGUCGCGACCGGGACAGGGACAAAGAGAGGGAGCGAGAUCGAGGAAGAGACCGAGACAAGGACAAGAGUAAAGACAAGAAAGGGGAUUCUGGGAGUAUCAAAGACAAAUUAGAGCAUCUGACUCCAGCAGAGCAGGUGAAGGUUCGAAUGCAUUUGGUCCUACAGGCAGCAGCUAAGACAGAUGAAGUUCUGAAGGCCAAAGUCGCCAAAAGAGAAGAAGAAGCCCGAAAGAAGCUUGAAGAAGAGGGAACCUCUCUGGAGGAGCAAGUGCGAAGGAUAAAGGACAUCGAGGCCAUCGAGAGUGAUUCCUUUGUUCCUCAGGCUUUCAAAUCUUCCCGGGAUGACACAAAGGUUGUUGUAGCUCAGAAGAAGCAGGAAUCGGAGAGCGUUCCGUCUCAGGACUACUCCCUCCCGAUGUCUAUAGUCUACGAUGACAGCGGCACCCUCGCUCAUCCCAGUUUGUUCAUGGAUAAAGAGACGGCUGAAGAUCUCUGGCUGAGCAGAUUGAUCUCUCUGCGACAAGAACGACUGAUGGGAAGUCCUGUAGCCUGAAGACCAACAGCGUCCAAUCAGAGCUUUUUGUUCCGAGCGUCGUUUUUAGUUCAGAUCUUCACUUUCGGUCUUCUUUUGGAACAUCACAACAAUGCCUAUCUCCACUUUUGCGAGGCUUUUUGAGGGAAUUUGUUUUUGGUCCAUUUCGGUUUUUUGUUUUGCUUUUUUCUGAUGUUGUUGAUUUUGAUUUGGUUAAUUCUGUUAUUGUUUUUUUUUUUUUUUUCAACAUAGAUGUGAACUUUGACACAUUAUGUUUUAUCUUUCUUUAAAAAGUUAGUUGUGACUGAUGUGGGUGUAUUGUAAUAAAAUUUACUGACGAGUCUCAACAAAACACCAUGGCUCUUGUUGAGUUUCUAAAGUUAAAUAAGCAUAUUUAGUGCUCCAGUCACAAGUUUGCAUAUUCCAAUCAUCUGCAUUACCAUAAUUGUAUGUGGCUUUAAUGAUUUGUUUGGACUGUUGUUCAGGGUGGAGAGAUAAUGCCACUUUUUUAAGAAAAUGCACAUUUGAAUUUGUUGUGGAUUUUCUCUAAUUCUAUAAUAAUUUGGAUGACAAUUUCAUUUUUAGCUAAAUUUGUUCAGAUAUGAACAUUCUUUUGUGGAAAUAAAUCCAGUAUUACAAUUAUCCUGGCAAAAUGCACUUGAUUUCAGGGAGGCUUAAUGUUUGCCUGCGUAUCCAUUCCAAACCCAAGUUUUAUGAUUGUUCGGGCUCAUCAAAAACAUAUAUUCAUACAAACUCUAGCCAGUCUUGAAGGUGUUGAUUUUUCUGGAGCAAAUUCCUCUUUUUUGCUUGGGAUCCACCUCCGAUCCAUGUAAAUGUUGAACUUAGUUACGAAUCUCCCAUCUUCUAGUUUAUGAUCAACUACGCUUGGUUGUUUAUGAAAAUCCCAACCAGCUUCCCUUCCUCUUUUUUUUUAAAUCACAAAAGUUAUAUGUUGCACAGUCUUCCUUACACCUGGAAGAAGAAAUGUACAUGUACCAUCAAAAAGUUUAGCACGACUGACCGGAUUCAAACCCCUGGCCAAAACUGUAACGCUGCACUCUGCCUUGAAUUUUAUUCCUUCUACUCAUGUGUACUACUGAGGGAUUUAAGUCUGUGUUUUCUCAGUGUUGUGUUGCUAGUUGAGAUAUAUUCGUGGAGGUGAGUCGACCCACAAAGCUAUUUGUGGAACCUCCAGCUGGUAAACCUAUACAGUCUAGGACUUGCUGUCGCUAUUAUGGUCUCCAGACACUUGGUGUCAAAAUGAAAUGAUAAUUAAGAACAUAAUAUAACUCGGUAACUAAGCCCACGUUAAAUUUAGUUGCAUGACUUGCUUGCAUUUGCAAAAAAAAUAAAUGUUCUACAUAUCUGCAAACUAGGUGAGCUUUUUUGUAAAAAAAAUAAAAAAUAACAGAUUC